GUUUUAUUUUUCUUUCUUAUAGAAAAUAUAUUGAAAUGAGUGAUAGUAGUGUUGAUAUGAUAACAUCUGGUGGAAGUCCAGUUGGAUGUAGAUGGAAUCCAACAAAGGAACAAAUUGAUUUGCUUGAAAGUUUAUAUAAGCAAGGGAUAAGGACACCAAGUGCUGACCAAAUACAACAAAUUACUGGGAGGUUAAGGGCUUUUGGUCACAUUGAGGGUAAAAAUGUAUUUUAUUGGUUUCAAAAUCAUAAGGCAAGGCAACGACAGAAACAGAAGCAAGAUAAAUUUGCUUACUACAAUCGAUUUCUUCAUCGGACUUCUGUUUUUCCUCCACCUAAUUGCCCAAACGUUGUUUGCAGCCCUUAUUACACAGCACAAAACAAUCUAGGGUUUUAUCAGCAGUAUCCAGCAGUUCCUAGUAUGAUCAUCCCUGGACCAGGUGGUUUCAAAAGAAGGGCAACAUGUAAUCAAGAAACUCUGAAUCUUUGUGAACAAAACAACAGCCCAAAUGCAAAUAAGGAGUUUAUAACUCAAGAAACAUUGAAUCUUUUUCCACUGCACCCAACUGGGGUUUUACAAGAAAAGACUACAAUAGCUGACUCUUCUUCGUCGUCGUCUACUUGUGUUCCUCGUGAUCAUCUAUCCAGUAAUACUACUUCAAAUUCAGUGGAAGUGAACUGUUUUACUGAUCUUGGAAUUGGUGCUUCUGAUAGACCUCAGCCAGUCUUUAACUUUCUAUGUGGAAAUUAAAAGGGUCCUUGUGAGAGUUGGUUAGUAUUGAGAUUUGUGAUGUUUUGGUAGUAACAGUGUGUUUCAUCUAGUUGGCUUCUUGUUUUUGUUAGUGGUUGAGUUUUGAUCUCAAAUAGUAGUACAUGUGAUCAUAUUAUCCUUUUUGAUCUAGUAAUAUGUAGUGCAAUAUGUUGUGAAUGUAAUUGUGGUUUCAUUUUGUGAAUUAAAGAAGAUUUAUCACCCUU